UCUUUAGGUGCUUACGGAAUUCCUAAAGGCAGUGCUGCUAAAUCUGCGUUGGGUAAAUACGCGACCGCUAUUAGUGAAGAAACUGGCAUCCCACCGUUAUCGGUGCAGGGUAUGGUUGCGCCCGCAAACACGAUCAGUGAAGAUGAAUUAGUUCAAGAACUUAAGGAAGCAGAGAAACGACGCAUAUACGAAGCGACACACAUGGGACGUGUUCCUGUAGUUGGACCUGCAAAUAAAGUCGCCGAAGCCGCCGAAAAACUCGAACACGUGGUAAAAAUUGAUAAAGGUGAAGAAAUUUCGCCCACUGCCCAAUAUCGAAAACCUAUAGUUGCGAAUAAUAACCGUUCAAGGGCAAUAAUUACUACUUCUAUUUCUGAAGAAGGUGAGCUACUUCAUGAAGGUGUUGCACAUAGCAAGGAAUUGGAACACCUUGCCCAAUUGAAGGAUGUUGCUGCGGAGCAUGCUAAGCGUGAAGGGACGGUGGCCGGUGUUCCUCGUGGAAGUACUACCUCGGUUGCUCAAUCGGCUAUGGGUAAAUAUGCCACCGCUGUAAGUGAAGAAAUCGGUGUUCCAUCAUUGACGGUUCAAGGCAUGGUUUCCCGCACGGGUCGUCCUGUCGAUGAGCAUAAAUUGGCGGAAGAGUUGAGGGAAGAAGCACAGCAACGUGCAGAUUAUGAGAUGAGGGUUUUCGGUAGCGUUUCGCCCACAGGUCCAGCAGCAAAGGUUGAAGAAGCCGCAGAAAAACUAGCACAAGUUUUAAAACUCGAUGACGUUCAGGUUCCCUCAAAACAAGAUACAAGCGUUCCUAGUCAACCAGUGAGUAGCACCCCAUCCGGGCGACCACAAGAAAGAUUUGACACAUCCAGUCAACAAACUCUGCAACAAAACGUUUCUUCAUUACCUCAAACUACUGUUGAGGGGCCGCAA